AUGCAGUACCCGCACCCCGGGCCGGCGACGGCGGCGGGCGCCGUGGGGGUGCCGCUGUACGCGCCCACGCCGCUGCUGCAGCCAGCGCACCCGACGCCGUUCUACAUCGAGGACAUCCUGGGUCGCGGGCCCGCCGCGCCCACCCCCACGCCCACGCUGCCGUCCCCCAACUCCUCCUUCACCAGCCUCGUGUCCUCCUACCGGGCCCCGGUGUACGAGCCCACGCCGAUCCACCCCGCCUUCUCGCACCACUCCGCCGCCGCGCUGGCCGCCGCCUACGGACCUGGCGGCUUCGGGGGCCCUCUGUACCCCUUCCCGCGGUCGGUGAACGACUACACGCACGCCCUGCUCCGCCACGACCCCCUGGGCAAACCCCUGCUCUGGAGCCCUUUCUUGCAGAGACCUCUGCAUAAAAGGAAAGGAGGCCAGGUGAGGUUCUCCAAUGACCAGACCAUCGAGCUGGAGAAGAAGUUUGAGACCCAGAAAUACCUCUCCCCGCCCGAGAGGAAGCGGCUGGCCAAGAUGCUGCAGCUUAGCGAGAGGCAGGUCAAAACCUGGUUUCAGAAUCGACGGGCUAAAUGGAGAAGACUAAAACAGGAGAACCCUCAAAACAAUAAAAAAGAAGAACUGGAAAGUUUGGACAGUUCUUGCGACCAGAGGCAAGACUUGCCUAGUGAACAGAAUAAAGGUGCUUUGGAUAGCUCUCAGUGUUCACCCUCCCCUGUCUCCCAGGAAGACCUUGAAUCAGAGAUUUCAGAGGAUUCUGAUCAGGAAGUGGACAUCGAGGGCGAUAAAGGCUAUUUUAAUGCUGGAUGA